UUGUGUACACUGUUUAAUUAAUAUCCUAUUUGGAGAACGAUUGAAAAUUUCUUCUAAUCCUAUUUCAUGUUUCGUUUUCGAAAUUCCUCAGUGUGGUUAGGCAAAAAAUCAUCAGAGUUAAGAUCAAGGAUCGCUAUCAAAACUGAUGAGAGAGUACGAUUCACGAACGAGAUCGUCAGUGGAAUUCAAGCCAUCAAGAUGUAUACCUGGGAAAAUCCGUUCAGCGCCCUUAUAGAAAAAGCAAGGAAAAUGGAAAUUAAUAUUAUCCGGUGGGCGUCGUAUAUAAAGGGUAUUAGCACAUCUUUCAUCAUUUUCACCACAAGAAUAUCAUUGUUCGUCACAGUGCUGGCUUACACACUAUUCGGCUAUGAAAUAACAGCUGAGAAGGUGUUUAUGAUAUCCGCAUGUUACAACUGUUUAUGCUUAUCCAUGGCUAUGUUUCUUCCGCAAGGGAUAAGAGGAGCAGCGGAAAUGAUUGUAACCGUAAAACGGCUAAAGAAGUUCUUGAUGUGUGACGAAUUGAUAUCUUCUAAGAUCGAAAUGAAGAAGAACAAAGAGAACAACAAAAAUACGAAGAAAAAUAACAAGGAGAGCAUAAAGCAGAAUAAUAAAAAAAACGCAAAGCAUCAGAAGCAGGAAAAUGUAAAGGAAGAUUUAACCGAACAAAAUAAAAAGGACUACAUCAUCGUAGACCAGCCGAAGUGUUUCGAAUACAGCAUUUCAAUCAAGAAUGGCAGCGCCAAGUGGCAGGAUUAUGAAAAGGAAAACACCUUGCAUAAUAUAAACAUAGAUGUGCGUCCUAAUGAACUAAUUGCUGUCGUCGGCCAGGUCGGUGCGGGCAAGAGCAGCCUGAUAAACGUUAUCUUGAAAGAACUUCGUUUGUACAAAGGUUUUAUUCAAAUUAACGGCAAAAUUGCCUAUGCCAGUCAAGAACCGUGGCUGUUCGCCGGAUCGGUGAGACAGAAUAUUUUAUUUGGACGAAAAAUGGAUCAGAUUCGAUACAAUCAUGUGAUUGAAGUGUGUCAGUUAAAGAGAGAUUUCAGUCUGCUGCCUUAUGGUGAUAAAACAAUCAUAGGCGAGAGAGGUAUCAGUCUUUCCGGUGGCCAGCGGGCAAGAGUAAACUUAGCGAGAGCCGUUUAUGCCGACGCUGACAUAUAUCUCAUGGACGAUCCUUUAAGCGCCGUAGAUGCCCAUGUGGGCAAGUAUAUGUUUGAAAAAUGCAUCAGCAAAUAUCUAGGAAACAAGACUCGGAUUCUUGUGACUCAUCAAUUGCAAUACUUACACAACGUCGAUAGAAUUAUUGUAUUGAAAAACGGAACUAUUCAGGCUGAAGGGACUUAUGACGAACUGAGCUCUAUGAGAUUGGAUUUCGGUCAGUUAUUGGAAAAUCAAUGGGAAGUGAAUGAGAAAUCCUCUCCGUCCCUUUUGGCUUCUAUCAGCCGUAGAAAUUCGCACACUAGUAUCAAAUCCUUGAAUUCUUUUAUGAUUGAUGACACUUCGAAACAAGGGCCUGCUGAAGUGGCUGAGAUGCGAACAGUAGGCAAUGUUUCCGGCAGAGUUUAUACGAAUUAUUUACGCGCUGGCGGAAACUGGUGCGUGAUAUCUAUAGUGGCUAUGCUUUUUAUAUUAACACAACUAGCAGCCGGCAGCAGCGACUUCUUUCUUGCCCAAUGGAUUGAAAUAGAAGAACAUUUUAUGAAUCAAACGGAAAACGGCGUCAUAGAGGACCUGAGGAGUCCCCUCACCCGCAUGCAGUGCGUCUACAUCUACAGCGGGUUGAUCGUGCUGACGAUCUGCAUCACCUUAAUUCGUUCGUUGAUCUUCUUCUGGACGUGCAUGCGGUCCUCAGUGCGCUUGCACGAUCACAUGUUCCGUAGCAUCAGCCGCGCCACUAUGCGAUUCUUCAACACCAACACGUCGGGACGUAUACUCAAUCGCUUCUCCAAAGAUAUGGGCGGAGUAGAUGAGAUGCUGCCCACUUUGUUUAUGGACAGUGUCCAGAUCAGUCUAUGGAUGCUGAGCAUCACCGUUCUGGUCGCCAUCUCGAACGUGUGGCUGCUGAUACCCACAGCUUUUGUUGGUAUUGUCUUUUAUUACCUGAGAACCUUCUACCUGGCCACUAGUCGUAGUGUUAAGCGUCUCGAAGGCACCACUCGCUCACCGGUCUUCGCUCAUCUCAACGCGACUCUUCAAGGAUUACCGACGAUCCGUGCUUUUGGGGCGGAAACGAUUCUUAUGAAGGAGUUUGAUAAUCACCAAGAUCUUCAUUCGUCCGCGACAUACAUUUUUAUCGCAUCUACGCGCGCCUUCGGCCUUUGGCUGGAUAUUGUCUGUAUUCUGUACAUUGCACUGGUCACGCUAAGCUUCCUUAUGUUGGACAACUAUGGCCGCGGUUCGAGGAACGGCGAAUAUGUAGGUUUGGCGAUCACACAGAGUAUCAAUAUCACCGGCAUGUUCCAAUGGGGUAUGCGUCAAAGUGCUGAGCUGGAGAACCAAAUGACCUCUGUGGAGCGUAUCCUUGAGUACAGUAAAGUGGACAGCGAGCCUCCUCUCGAAAGUAUCCCUGAUAAAAAACCCAAAUCAGAGUGGCCGCAGGAAGGCAAAAUCGAAUUUAAAAACGUGUUUCUUCGCUAUGCGCCAUUGGAACCGCCGGUGCUUAAAGACCUCACUUUUGUUAUCUUUCCUCGGGAGAAAAUUGGCAUUGUCGGCAGGACCGGCGCCGGCAAGUCAUCCUUGAUCCAAGCUCUCUUUCGCUUAGCCAACGUGGAUGGUCUGAUCGAGAUCGAUAAAGUAAACACGAAUCAAAUCGGCUUGCACGAUCUGCGUUCCAAGAUCAGCAUUAUUCCGCAGGAACCAUAUCUGUUUUCUGGUACCCUGAGGCGAAAUCUUGAUCCAUUCAAUUUAUAUAUGGAUGAACUGCUGUGGCAAGCCCUCAAAGAGGUCGAGCUGAAGGAAUUAGACUUGGAGACUCAUAUCAACGAAGGCGGCUCCAAUCUCAGCGUCGGCCAGCGGCAGCUGGUUUGCCUGGCGCGCGCGAUAGUCAGAAACAACCAGAUACUCGUGUUGGAUGAGGCGACCGCGAAUGUAGAUUCGCAAACGGACGAAUUGAUCCAAAUAACAAUCAAAAAGAAGUUUGAGAAUUGUACGGUGCUGACGAUCGCUCAUCGGCUCAACACCGUCAUGGAUAGCGAUCGUAUCCUGGUGAUGGAUGCUGGCAGCAUUGUGGAAUUUGAUCAUCCCCAUAUACUACUGCAGAAGGAGACGGGGUACCUGAAGACUAUGGUGCAGGAGACUGGCAAACAGAUGGAGAAGAUUCUAGCCGACUUUGCCAGCGAUUGUUACCAGAAUCGCGCCACAAUGCUUUGAUGUAUCCCGACAUUAACUUUUAGCAAUUCUUUCCGACAGGCAUCGUGAUUGAUCACCGCAAACGUUCCGUCGGUUUUUACAAACAAUUCUUAAAUUUUUGGGAUUUGAAAAAUAAAAGGAUAUCAGAUGAAAUUCAGUCCGAGAAAUUAGAAUUUAUAAUUGUUGCAGUUUUAUUUCUUACAUAAUUGCUCGCAUUUUAUU